AUGAACUUUCGUUUUGGUAAUUCUUGUUUAUUUUUAUUGAUUUGGCCAGUUAAAAGGCUUAAAAUUGAAAAAUUUGGAUUUUUGUCAUGCCGAACUUUAAGAGUCGAUUUGACUUUCCAAAACAAAAGUUUGUGUUUCUUACUAUUCUAAAUAACAUUAAUAAAAACGUGUUUUUAAUCUAGAAAUUUUUCAAUUUUUAGUUUGGACUACUGAAGUUUUUGGAGAUGUUUCAUCGUAUAACAUGUCACUCGCAGGCUUCAAUUGCUUAUAUCGUUAUAAACACGAGUAAAAUGAUACGGAAAUUAAAAAUAGGGUUAUUUUAUGACUUUUUAAAGUAUUCUCAUUCCUGGGCAGGUCAUUUUAGUCGUGGGGGAGAUAAAAAAAUUUUUUCAACGGCAUAUAUUUUUUUUCUAAAAUUAAAACUAAAAUUGUGUUUUAGUAUUUAAUUCUAGGUCAAUGUGGAUCAUGUUGGGCAUUCUCCAUCACUGCCGUCGUGGAAUCAUUGAACAAAAUCCAUAAUAAUGUGUUGGUAUCAUUGUCUGAGCAGGAGCUGGUCGAUUGUGACAGUCGUGACAGUGGAUGUGGUGGCGGAUUCAGAGGAUGGGGAUUCGAGUAAGAUUUUCUUAAAUUUUUAUUUUUUACUUGGAUUUUUUGUAAAAUACGGUCUAUGAUUUGCUUAGAAAUAAAAUUUUGGGUAUGGGCACGAAAGUUUGAAUUUCGAAAAAACUUCUGUUUAUAUUUUAAAAAUUUCAAAAACCAAUCAAUAUUAUGUGAAAAUAAGCCCUUAUAUUCAUAGUUACAGUAUAAAAAUUCCCAAAAAAUAUUUUAAUUUCAGUUUUGUGAAAAAGACCGGCCUAGUACCAGAAGAGUACUAUCAGUACCAAGGAAUGGCAGCACAGUGCAGGAUGCCUUCCCAUGAUUUGCCACGUGUCUUUGUUGAUCAGAUCUACACUUUCGAUGGAGAUGAGGAGGAAAUGGCCGACUGGGUGGCUACUAAAGGUCCUAUCACUAUUGGUAAGCUCUUACCUUGCUUUUGUUUUUUUUAAGUUUUUAGGUUACAAAAAGGAAUAUAAAUGUUAAUUAUAGUUAUUUUAAUAUGAGAUAUAGGUUUUUUAUUGAUUGUUGUAUCAGUUUUUAUGAUUAAAAUUUGAAUUUUAAAAAUCCCGCCAAAAUUGGCAUUGUGUUUCAAUACUUGAUUUUGGAAUUUUAGGUAAAAAAGAGUAAAAAUUAUAAAAUUAGAGCGGUUAGUGAAUGAAAAAGGCAUUUUUAUGGUGUUUUAGAUGAUAAAAUUUGAAUUUUUAAAAUCCCGCCAAAAUUGGAAUGAUGUUUCAAACUAGAAUUAGGCUUAGGAAUGUAAAAAUAUAGAACUGUAGGACUUAUUCAAGCAUUAUUCUACUAUGAAAUGUACUUUUCGAAACAAACCGUAAUAAAAAUGGCAUUUCAGGUGUAAACGUAACCCGUGGUAUGUUCGCCUACAAAAGCGGAGUAUUCGACCCAACUGAAUUCGACUGUACUACCAACUCUUUGGGAUCCCACGCCUUGGCAGUAAUUGGGUAUGGUGUGGAAAAGGGCCAAAAGUACUGGCUUUUGAAGAAUUCGUGGGGUCCAGCGCACGGUGAAGCUGGCUACAUCAAGAUGAGACGAGGCGUGAACUCGUGCGGGUUCGCCAAGAAUGUCUACACAGCUUUGAUUACUAAGUAG